CGGCGGGCGUACUGGGGCGUGCGCGGGAUUUGCACCCGGGGUCUAGGAGCCCCUCGCCGGCCACGCGAGGGGUCGGUCCCCAGGGGACCGGCGAGACCUCACGGUGAGGAGGCGUGAGAACCCGGACUGGCAGUCCCACUGCAUCCAGUGAAUAGGAGCCCAGCCACCAUGGCAGAGCUGCAGGAGGUGCAGAUCACCGAGGAGAAGCCCCUGUUGCCAGGACAGACACCCCAGGCGGCCAAGGAGGCUGAGUUAGCUGCCAGAAUCCUUCUGGACCAGGGACAGACUCACUCAGUGGAGACACCUUAUGGCUCUGUCACUUUUACUGUUUAUGGCACCCCCAAACCCAAACGCCCAGCGAUACUCACCUACCAUGAUGUGGGACUCAACUAUAAAUCUUGCUUCCAGCCACUGUUUCAGUUUGGGGACAUGCAGGAAAUCAUCCAGAACUUUGUGCGGGUUCAUGUGGAUGCUCCUGGAAUGGAAGAGGGGGCUCCUGUGUUCCCUUUGGGCUAUCAGUACCCGUCGCUGGACCAGCUUGCAGACAUGAUCCCUUGCAUCCUGCAGUACUUAAAUUUCUCUACAAUAAUUGGAGUUGGUGUUGGAGCGGGAGCCUACGUCCUGUCGCGAUAUGCUCUUAACCACCCGGACACGGUCGAAGGUCUUGUCCUCAUCAACAUUGAUCCCAAUGCCAAGGGCUGGAUGGAUUGGGCAGCCCACAAGCUAACAGGCCUCACCUCUUCCAUGUCGGAGAUGAUCCUUGGGCAUCUUUUCAGCCAGGAAGAGCUGUCUGGAAAUUCCGAGCUGAUACAAAAAUAUAGAAAUAUCAUUACAAAUGCACCCAAUCUGGACAACAUUGAACUGUAUUGGAACAGCUACAACAACCGCCGAGAUCUGAACUUCGAGCGUGGCGGUGACAUCACCCUCAAGUGCCCUGUGAUGCUGGUGGUGGGAGACCAAGCACCCCAUGAAGAUGCUGUGGUGGAAUGUAACUCAAAACUGGACCCUACCCAGACCUCGUUCCUGAAGAUGGCUGACUCUGGAGGUCAGCCCCAGCUGACUCAGCCAGGCAAACUGACCGAGGCCUUCAAAUACUUCCUGCAAGGCAUGGGCUACAUGGCCUCAUCCUGCAUGACUCGCCUGUCCCGGUCUCGCACAGCCUCUCUGACCAGCGCAGCGUCCAUUGAUGGCAGCCGGUCCCGCUCUCGCACCCUGUCCCAGAGCAGCGAGUCUGGCACUCUGCCUUCAGGGCCUCCAGGGCACACUAUGGAGGUCUCCUGUUGAGCGAUCCUUGUUGUCCUGGUGUGGGACCCAGCCCUCACCUCCCCCAGCACUAACCUGGGAGGUGCAUAAGGGCACUGGGCCAGAGCAAGCAAGGGAAAAUGGGCAGAUCAUGGGGGGAGACAACCUUGAUCUUUGAUUGCUACCCUAACCUUGACCUUUAACCUGUGAUUCCCCCCAGCUCCUGUGAGAGAUGUCCUAAUAUCUCUUAGGGACCCAGACCCCCAAAUUAUCCCCAUCUCCCAUUCUGGUGUUGUGAAGGAGAAGACGUGCGUCCUCUCUCCUUGGUCUAGGUGUCUGUAGAGGAGGGAUAAGAGGUGGUUGUAGUUGUCUGGAGCCUCCAAUCAGACUCUCCAUACUUAUCCCAUAUUUGCAAGGGCAGGAGACUUGGGGCGGGGACUCCAUUCACCAAAGCUGAUAUGGCUUCUUGUUAACUCUUUAGGCCUCUCUAGGGUGUGGGCCUGAAUGAAUGUGUGUCUGGGGAGGCUUGCUGAUGGGUUAGCGGCCCUCAGGAUGGGACAUAAACAUCUUAAGUGUAAAAAGAAAGUCAGAAUGGAAGGCAGUGGGCAGUGAACGAGAGUGGUGGAGGGAUUGGAGCUAGGGCAAUAGGAAGGGGCCUGGGGCCAUGUGGCUGCACUAACUUUGGUAGCUGUCAGCGUGCAUCUAGAGUGGGAUGGGGGAGGGAGCCAAGUGUGGGCUGGACUGCUUGGGGCUUGGCAUCGAGGUGGGAAGGGCUACCCUGGGGCUCUGACCAUAUGUGUUAUGUGUGGAGGGUGCCCUCCUGUCUCCCACAACUUCUGCUGUGACAAUAAACUAUAGAGGAAUCUCA